UGAUUUUAAGCACUUUUACUGAUAUAAAAGCCUUCGCUGAUUAAAUUAUUCAGCCAGUAUUAAACUUUAAAUUAAGUGAAAAACAUCUAGUCGGAAUAUUGAAACUAUGAAUAGAAUAAUUUUUCUGAUAUGCACUUUGAUUGUAGUCACGAAGAGUGUUCGAGCCAAUGAUGAUGAGGAAUUGUGCCCACUUGGAUAUCAAUACGGAGUUUAUCAAAGACAUCCAACAGAUUGCUCGAAAUUUUAUACUUGCCUUUAUCGGGAUCGUCCAAUAAUUACUCAAUGUCCUACGGGAUUACUUUACGAUGCUCAGAGGAAAUUUUGUGAUUGGCCUGAAAAUGUUCGAUGUGAAACGAGAGAUAAAAGAAGUACUACAACGCAAAAAACUACGACGAGCGAAACUUUAUCUUCGAGUGAAAAUGACUUGAGCAAUUCUAUCGUAGAUGACAAUGCAGGUUUAUGUCCUCCUGGGUUUGUAUAUGGCGUUUAUAGAAGACAUCCGAGAGAUUGUUCCAAAUUUUAUGCGUGUCUUUUGGUGAAUUAUCCAGUAGUUCAAAGUUGUCCCGGAGAUUUACUUUACGAUGAGGAGAAGGAAAUUUGUAACUAUAAGGAACUAGUUGAUUGUACCAUAGGAGAAGAGUCGAGUACGUCGACAGUUAUAAUUUCUACUCCGACAACUCAAGCACCUAAUAGCACAUUAAGCACUGUAGAAAUAACGAGCACUACUGCACUUCCAACACAAAGCACAGAAAUUCCUAUUUCUAGCACUGAGUCAACAACUACUGAUGAAAUUUCUUCGACUACAGAUGAGUCAACGACUUCGGGGGAUUUUUCUUCAACGGAGGCGACGAGUGAGGGAAGUUCUUCUACAACGGAGCAAAGUACUUCAGAGGAGACAACAACGAUUCAAAGCUCUUCUACGACUGAAGAGACGACGACGACAAGUUCUUCCUCUACGAGCGCAGAAUCAACUGAAGAGACGACAACGCCUGAAAGUUCGUCUUCAACAAGUUCAGAAUCGACAGAAGAGACGACAACGCCUGAAAAUUCUUCUUCAACCAAUUCAGAAUCAACUGAAGAAACGACAACUCCUCAAACAGAGCAAGAAACUACAGAAGAGGCAACAACGCCUGAAAAUUCUUCUUCAACCAAUUCAGAAUCAACUGAAGAAACGACAACUCCUCAAACAGAGCAAGAAACUACAGAAGAGUCAACAACGCCUGAAAAUUCUUCUUCAACCAAUUCAGAAUCAACUGAAGAAACGACAACUCCUCAAACAGAGCAAGAAACUACAGAAGAGACGACAACGCCUGAAAAUUCUUCUUCUACAAAUUCAGAAUCAACUGAAGAAACGACAACUCCUGAAACAGAGCAAGAAACUACAGAAGAGACGACAACGCCUGAAAAUUCUUCUUCCACAGAAAAAGAAUCAACUGAAGAAACGACAACUCCUGAAACAGAGCAAGAAACUACAGAAGAGACGACAUCGCCUGAAAGUUCUUCCUCUACAAAUUCAGAAUCAACUGAAGAAACGACAACGCCUGAAGUAGAGCAAGAAACUACAGAAGAGACGACAUCGCCUGAAAGUUCUUCCUCUACAAAUUCAGAAUCAACUGAAGAAACGACAACUCCUGAAACAGAGCAAGAAACUACAGAAGGGGCGACAACGCCUGAAAAUUCUUCUUCAACCAAUUCAGAAUCAACUGAAGAAACGACAACUCCUGAAACAGAGCAAGAAACUACAGAAGAGACGACAACGCCUGAAAAUUCUUCUUCUACAAAUUCAGAAUCAACUGAAGAAACGACAACUCCUGAAGUAGAGCAAGAAACUACAGAAGAGACGACAACGCCUGAAAGUUCUUCUUCCACAGAACAACAAUCAACCGAAGAAACGACAACUCCUGAAACAGAGCAAGAAACUACAGAAGAGACGACGACGCCUGAAAGUUCUUCUUCUACAGAAAAAGAAUCAACUGAAGAAACGACAACUCCUGAAACAGAGCAAGAAACUACAGAAGAAACGACAACGCCUGAAAAUUCUUCUUCUACAAAUUCAACUGAAGAAACGACAACUCCUGAAACAGAGCAAGAAUCUACUGAAGAAACGACAACUCCUGAAAAUUCUUCUUUUCAGAAUCAACUGAAGAAACGACAACUCCUGAAACAGAGCAAGAAACUACAGAAGAGACGACAUCGCCUGAAAGUUCUUCCUCUACAAAUUCAGAAUCAACUGAAGAGACGACAACUCCUGAAACAGAAAUCAACUGAAGAAACGACAACGCCUGAAGUAGAGCAAGAAACUACAGAAGAGACGACAACGCCUGAAAAUUCUUCUUCCACAGAACAAGAAUCAACUGAAGAAACGACAACUCCUGAAACAGAGCACGAAACUACAGAAGGGGCGACAACGCCUGAAAAUUCUUCCUCUACAAAUUCAGAAUCAACUGAAGAAACGACAACGCCUGAAAAAUCAACUGAAGAAACGACAACUCCUGAAGUAGAGCAAGAAACUACAGAAGAGACGACAACGCCUGAAAGUUCUUCUUCUACAAAUUCAGAAUCAACUGAAGAAACGACAACUCCUGAAACAGAGCAAGAAACUACAGAAGAGACGACAACGCCUGAAAAUUCUUCUUCUACAAAUUCAGAAUCAACUGAAGAAACGACAACUCCUGAAACAGAGCAAGAAACUACAGAAGAGAGCAAGAAACUACAGAAAACGACAACGCUUGAAAAUUCUUCUUCCACAGAAAAAGAAUCAACUGAAGAAACGACAACGCCUGAAGUAGAGCAAGAAACUACAGAAGAGACGACAUCGCCUGAAAGUUCUUCCUCUACAAAUUCAGAAUCAACUGAAGAAACGACAACGCCUGAAAUAGAGCAAGAAACUACAGAAGAGACGACAACGCCUGAAAAACUGAAAACAGAACAAGAAACUACAGAAGAGACGACAACGCCUGAAAGCUCUUCUUCUACAAAUUCAGAAUCAACUGAAGAGACGACAACUCCUGAAACAGAGCAAGAAACUACAGAAGAGACGACGACGCCUGAAAAUUCUUCUUCAACCAAUUCAGAAUCAACUGAAGAAACGACAACUCCUCAAACAGAGCAAGAAACUACAGAAGAGGCAACAACGCCUGAAAAUUCUUCUUCCACAGAACAAGAAUCAACUGAAGAAACGACAACGCCUGAAAGUUCUUCUUCUACAAAUUCAGAAUCAACUGAAGAGACGACAACUCCUGAAACAGAGCAAGAAACUACAGAAGAGACGACAACGCCUGAAAGUUCUUCUUCUACAAAUUCAGAAUCAACUGAAGAAACGACAACGCCUGAAGUAGAGCAAGAAACUACAGAAGAGACGACAUCGCCUGAAAGUUCUUCCUCUACAAAUUCAGAAUCAACUGAAGAAACGACAACGCCUGAAGUAGAGCAAGAAACUACAGAAGAGACGACAACGCCUGAAAAUUCUUCUUCUACAAAUUCAGAAUCAACUGAAGAAACGACAACUCCUGAAACAGAGCAAGAAACUACAGAAGAGGCAACAACGCCUGAAAAUUCUUCUUCAACCAAUUCAGAAUCAACUGAAGAAACGACAACGCCUGAAAAUUCUUCUUCCACAGAACAAGAAUCAACUGAAGAGACGACAACGCCUGAAAGUUCUUCUUCUACAAAUUCAGAAUCAACUGAAGAAACGACAACUCCUGAAACAGAACAAGAAACUACAGAAGAGACGACAACGCCUGAAGAAUCGACUGAUGAGACAACAACUCUCCUCGAUUCUUCAGAAAAUGAAAUUUCAUCAGAAAACGAUUCAUCUCCUCAAAUAAGAACAACGCGAGAAACUCAUGAAUCCGCAGAAACAAUUUCUACCGAUCAAACCUCUAACACUGACAACGAAGAAAUUGAAUCACAUGUCACUGAACCAACAACCACUCGCAGAUUUUCACCAAAAUCAACAACCGUUAGCAGAUAUUCUUCUACUAGAAGACCUCAAACGACAACUCUUCCUCCUGAUGAACAAUGUUGUUUCUUUUUCUGGUGCUGGGAAUGCUAACGGAAUUCUUAACAUGUAACUUUAAUUUAAGAUAAUUUAUUGAACAUUUUCCCAUAUACCAAAGCUCAUGAUUU